UUAUUUUCCAAGAAAAUCCCCACCCUAAUCCCCCAAAAAAUAAAAUCCUCAGUAAGUCCUUUUCUCCAAAUCCAAAAUUUGUCUUCAAUAUUUCUAGUUAAUUUUGUUGAUAAAAUUCAGCCAAAAGAUCCGUAACCAUAUCACGACAAUUUCUUAUUUUUUAUACUUGGGGUUUCUUGCAGAUAAAUCUCUCUCUACUCUCAACUUUAAAUCUCAAUUUUUUUCCUUUUCUUAGUCAUUAUAUUAAAAUUUUGUAGCAUUUUACUGUAUUUAUUCAGUUCUAAAGUUCCAGUCUUUUUUUUUGUGUGUAUCUGUUGUACAAGCUUCGAUCUUACUGUACCUUUCAUUUUAAGCAGAUGAAAUGAGAUUUGGGGUUUUAAAAUCUUCUCAUUUUCAUUUUCUAGUUUGAAAUCAAGUGAGAAAGUUGUUGUUUUUUUUUUUUUUUUUUUAUGUUGGGAUCUGUUGAUUAGCGUUUGAUUGAACCCUGAUGAGACGCCGCCCAGCAGGGUUGGUUCCUUUCGAAGGAAUGGAGAAGGGUUCCCCUAAGAAUCAACAAGCCCGGCUCUGUUUCUUAGCUUCUUUAUCAGCUUUUUUCUGGAUUUUGCUUUUGUAUUUCCAUUUUGUAAUUCUAGGACGUAGCACUGCAGUUGAGGAAUCAGUUGUAUCAGAACCAGUCAAAUUAGAAUCUUCUUUUGUUAAUGUUGAGUCCAUCCCUGCUCGGGUGACCGAUGCCCGUGUAGAGAAGGAGAAACCCCCUCCUGUGAAACCUGUUAGGAACACGGCUGGUGAAAGGGUGGUGGCUUACCCAUUUAUGAGAGCUUUGAGGACGGUGGAAAACAAGAGUGAUCCAUGCGGGGGAAGGUAUAUUUAUGUGCAUAACCUUCCUCCCAGGUUUAAUGAGGAUAUGCUUAAGGAGUGUAAGAGUUUGAGUCUGUGGACUAAUAUGUGUAAGUUUACCAGCAAUGAAGGGCUUGGUCCUCCCCUUGAGAACGUGGAAGGGGUGUUUGAGAAUACCGGGUGGUAUGCGACGAAUCAAUUUGCGGUGGAUGUGAUAUUCAAUAAUCGGAUGAAGCAGUAUGAGUGCUUGACCAAUGAUUCUUCGAUUGCAGCUGCAAUUUUUGUGCCGUUUUAUGCUGGAUUUGAUAUUGCAAGGUAUCUUUGGGGAUAUAAUAUCUCGAGGAGGGACGCUGCUUCUCUUGAUUUGGUUGAUUGGCUGAUGAAGAGGCCUGAGUGGGGUAUAACGGGAGGGAAGGAUCAUUUUCUGGUGGCUGGGAGGAUUACAUGGGAUUUCAGGAGAUUGACCGAUGAGGAAUCUGAUUGGGGUAAUAAACUUCUGUUUUUACCUGCUGCGAGGAAUAUGUCCAUGCUUGUGGUUGAGUCAAGCCCCUGGAAUGCAAAUGAUUUUGGCAUUCCAUAUCCAACUUACUUCCAUCCUGCAAAGGAUGAGGAAGUGUUUGUCUGGCAAGAUAGGAUGAGAAAAUUGGAUAGAAAGUGGCUAUUCUCUUUUGCAGGUGCACCGCGUCCUGGUAAUCCUAAGUCAAUAAGAGGGCAUAUUAUUAAUCAGUGUAGGAAGUCAAAGGCGUGUAAGUUGUUGGAAUGUGAUUUUGGGGAGAGCAAAUGUCAUUCACCAAGCAGUAUAAUGCAGAUGUUUCAGAGCUCCCUGUUCUGCCUGCAGCCUCAAGGAGAUUCAUACACACGGCGAUCUGCUUUUGACUCAAUGUUGGCUGGUUGUAUUCCUGUCUUUUUGCAUCCUGGCUCGGCAUAUACACAAUACACUUGGCAUCUUCCCAAAAAUUAUACUACAUAUUCAGUGUUCAUCCCAGAGAAUGAUAUUCGUAAAAGGAAUGUUAGCAUAGAGGAGAGGCUUAGUCAAAUUUCUCCAGAGCAAGUGAAGAUCAUGAGAGAGGCGGUCAUAAAUCUCAUUCCUAGGCUGAUAUAUGCAGAUCCUCGCUCUAAGUUGGAGACUCUUCAAGAUGCUUUUGAUGUUGCUGUACAGGCAGUCAUUGACAAAGUUACUAGUUUGAGGAGGAACAUUAUCCAAGGUCGCACGGAAUAUGAUAACUUUGUGGAGGAAAAUAGUUGGAAAUACGACUUGUUAGAUGAAGGACAGCGUGAGGUUGGAGCUCAUGAAUGGGAUCCUUUCUUCUCAAAACCAAAAGAUGAGCAGAGAGAUCAAUCUGCGGAGGCUGCAAAAAAUUCUUGGAAGAAUGAGCAGAGAGAUCAAUCAUAACUGGAAGUUGAUGAAACAGUAUAUAAGUUGAACUAAAGCUUUAAUGCAGUCUCCGAGUCUCAAAACAAGAGUUCCUGUUUUGAGUUGGGUAGAUAGCAGGUAUAACCCUGUAAGGGCCUUCUUGUGCAUCGACUAUAGAUAUUGCCACCAAGCAUAUCAGGCUUGAAUCCUUCUUUCAAACUAGAACAUAUAUACAUAUUCUCUGCGCCAAAUACAGUUCUUCAUAUAGAAUUUUUCCCCUUUGAGCUACGUAUUUACUUAGCGAUUCUUUGUAAUGUUUUGUAGCUGAGAUUUUGUCAGUUUGUCUGUGUAAUGAUCCUGUCUUAUCAACGCAUACAAGAAAUAAUAACUAAUAACCAGUUUUUCGCAUUA